AUGGCUGGCGAUGACGAAUUCUACGUCCGUUACUAUUCCGGACACAGAGGAAGAUACGGCCACGAGUUUUUGGAAUUCGAGUUUCGAGCAGACGGCCACUGUCGCUACGCCAACAAUUCCAACUACAGGAACGAUAGUUUGAUCAAGAAAGAAAUGCAUGUCAGCCCUGCCGUGUUGCAAGAAUUAAAGCGCAUCAUUGAAGAUAGCGAAGUCAUGAAGGAAGAUGACAGCCAAUGGCCCACCAAAAACGUCGUUGGAAGUCAGGAGUUGGAAGUGCGAUUGGGCAAUGAGCACAUCUCCUUUGAGACAUCCAAGUUGGGUUCCCUAGUUGAAGUGCAAGAGUCUCAAGACCCUGAUGGUCUCCGUAUCUUUUAUUAUCUUGUUCAAGAUCUCAAAGCAUUCGUGUUUUCAUUGAUUUCUUUGCAUUUCAAGAUCAAGCCAAUUAGCUAA